AGAUAUAUUGGAUGUAAAUAAGCCGAUGGAUACAGAUUGUUUUAACAUGGCUGUUCGGAUGAUCGCAUGCAAUGAUUCCUUGUUCUUGUUGGAAGACAAAUACCACUACAUGGAUCUACAGUUCUGUGUAAGUUCAAGUAAUUAGUCUUUAUUCAUAUAAGUGUGUUCAUUAUAUAAUUAUUUUACUAACAAAAAGUAGUCCAUAACUAAAUUUGGUCGAGACCCUCGCCUUCGUGCAAAGCCAGAUAUCAACAUGUUGGCAAAAUUAUUAGAAUGUUGGCCUGACAUGGAGUACGAUGUUUCAGAUUGCAAACAAAUUCUAUUGCCCUUUUCUUUCUUGGGUCACUUCACCUUAUAUGUACUUAACAUGGACACUAGAAGCAUCUAUAUAAUGGACUCCAUGCCUAUACCAUCAUGGUUUAAGGGUGAUCAUCCUAGCAUGCAUUAUAUUCAUAAUAUACAUUAUAUUGCCAAUAAUAUGAAUGCUGCCAUGGAAUUGGCCAAUCCUACAUGGAAAGACGAUAUUUAUAUGUGGCGUCGUAUAGUACCAACAUGGGUUCCAAGAACAUUAAACUGGGAUUUAUCUGGCUUUCUUGUUAUCAACUUUAUGCACGAUUGGAAUGGUAUAAGGUUACCCUGCAUUUGCACUAAUGGGAAUGACCUGAGGACCAAAUUCUUAGUAGAAUUAUUGAAGUACAAGGACAAUGAAUCCAAAGACAACAUUCCAGAAGAAAUACAAGAAAUUAUUAGGCACAUCAGAUAGAUAUGAUUUUAUUUGUAAUGAUACUCAACUUAUUAUC